GUAAACAUAGUAUUCUCUGUAAAUUUAUAUUUUCAACUUAAUCUUGUUAAACUACGAGAAUAACCAAGGAAAUAUAAUAAUAAAUAAUAAUAAUGUUUUAGAUGUUCAUACUAAUUUGGUCUUCGUGAAUCUGUAAUUAUUCCCAAGAGAAAAAAAUGGAUAAUGUUAAUUCAAACAAUAUGGCAAUAAUAUCCAAAACAAUGCCGAAAAAUUUGAACUAUCAAGAAAUUAUUAACUUUGGGGAUGCUAUAGAAAAAUUUUUGAAUAUCAUAGAAGAAAAUGAUAUUUGUAUUGGCUUACUAAUAGAGAAAAAUAUAUAUACUGCCUCACUAAUUAUUAGUUUACAGAAGAUCAACUGCUGUUUUAUAUUUUUAACGAAAAGAACUUUCAUUGAAGCUAUUGAAUAUCUUAACGUCACCUGGAUAAUUUCUGAUGGCGAUUCCCCUUGUGUGGAUGUUUUUUACAAAUGUGAUGAAAUAAAACUUGGAGCUGGAAUACAAUUUAUUUUGUGGAAACGUAAAAAAUCAGUAUUGUCAAACUUAAAUUUCAAGCAGAUAUUUUGUGUGAUGAUGACUUCGGGUUCUACUGGUACAAAUAAAUUUGUCAGGGUUCCCUACCAUUGUAUAGAAACUAAUGUGAGUAGCUUAAGGACAAGAUUUGCAAUUGAUUCAACUGAUAUUAUAUUUUGGGGUACCCCAUUGACUUUUGAUCCAUCAAUGGUUGAAUUUCUAUUAGCAAGAUUUUCUGGUUCCACAUUAUUAGUUGUUCCAGAAAUUACAAUCUUAAAUCCAAAUGAAUUGUGUCAGGCAGUAAUAGAGGACCAAGUCACAUUUCUACAAAUAGUUCCUUCAGUAUUUUUUAGAUGGAAUGAAAAUCAGAUUUACAACAUCUUAAACAAUUCUUCACUUAGAAUUCUUGCAUUUGGAGGAGAGCCUUUUCCAAUGGACAUAUUGAGGUAUAAAAGGUCUACCCAUCUUAAAAUAUUCAAUUUAUAUGGUGUCACCGAACUAUCAUGUUGGGCUACAAUCCAUGAAAUUGUUGAUGAAAAUGUUAAUGAUUCAGUUCCAAUUGGAACUGCUCUAGAAGAAACUUUUGUGGAAGUUAGGAAUGAUAGUGGGCUUGCUAUAAGUUAUGGACUUGGAGAAAUUUGUGUAGGGAGUACAUCUAGAUUUUGCAUGAUAAAUGCCGAUCAACCCUAUGAUUUUAUAAAAACUGGGGAUCUUGGGGAGAUCAAUGAGCGGGGCAUCUUUUAUAAAGGUAGAAAAAAUAGGUCCAUUAAGAGACUGGGACACAAGGUAAAUCUAAAUCAUAUCGAAGAAAUAAUUUUCAAAGAAACAGGUUUACAAAGUAGACUUGUUUUUUCUAACACCUGUCAAAAAAUAUUGGCCUUUAUUUUGGUUAAAGAAUUGAAAAGUAACAUAGCCAAACAUAAAAUGCUUGACAAGCUGCGAGUGAAGCUACUUAAUAUAAUCGAGGACAAGGAUUUUCCUGAUUACAUUGAAAUUAUAUACAAAUUUCCGCUAGGUGCACAUGGCAAGGUUAAUGAUAAGCUGUUGGAAAAGUGCUUUGUGCAUAAUCUGGGUUCAGUCAAGGAAAUUCAUGCUCCAGAGCACAUGUUUAGUAAAUAUUUGGGUUACGAAUUGGAAGUUUUAGAUAGGCUCAAGGGCCAUACUCUGCGGGAGCUAGGUGCCAGCUCUAUCCUAAUUACCCAAUUUCUAUCAGAAAUGGAAGUAGAGUUCGGUGCAAAGGAUUCUUCAGAGUUGGUCGAACUACUUUUAGAAGGUACCAUCGAAACCUGUCUUAAUUAUCUAAAAAACCAACCUAUAGGUAUAAAAAGGAAGUUAUCAGAGACCGACAUAGAGAGAUCUAUGUUAAAUUAUGUAAAAACUGAAAUAAUCUGGAAAUAUGAUUUGAAGGCUUGUGUGGACGCAUCACCCAUUGCUUUUGAAGUCAUGGACCAUCUAUUUGUAGCAGUUGGGAGUUUUGCUCAUAAGUUUGCGAUACUAGAUGAAAAUGGCAAAACAUAUAUGGUGUUUGAACUUCCUCAGGUUGUUGAAGCCAAACCGUGUGUAUCGUCUUCAACCAAUUUCAUUUGCGUCGGAUGUUUCGACGGAGUUAUGUAUUGCAUGAGUUUUGACGAAAAGCGAAUAGUUUGGAGGUACCAAACGGGCGAUAAGAUAAAAUCUACCCCCUGUUUCUGUAUGAAUUCUACUGCCAUCACUUUUGGUUCUUAUGACGAGUAUUUGCAUUGCGUUUUACUGAAGGAUGGAAGAUCGUUGUGGAAAACACCGGUUCUUGGUAGCAUAUGCUCAGACUCUUUAUGUCACGAUGGAAAAAUAUAUACCGGAACUUUAAAAGGAAAUUGUUACUGCGUCACUGAACAACGAGGCGAAUUGGUUUGGGAAUAUUCAGCUGGAAAUCCAAUAUUUAGUUCUCCUUGUCUUCUAACAGAUUCAGUCAUAUGGGCCGAUGUCACAGGGACACUGCAUUGCCUUGAUUUUGCCGGAAAAGUGAAAUGGAAAUAUGAUAUCGGAGCCUAUGUCUUUUCUUCCUUGGUUCGUGUAGGUGAUAAAAUUUAUUUUGGAUCUCACGAUAUGAAUUUGUAUGAAGUGUCCGCCGAGUCGGGAUGUGUAACUCAGAAAUUUCUCCUUCAAUCGGAAAUCUCUUCAACGCCUUUUGUAUACGAGUUAGAUUCUGAAAUUUACGUAUUUUGUACUUGCAAUUCGGGGUACUUAUCUAGAGUAAAGGUCGCGUCUGGGUAUAUUUCGACCAUCUUCAGAUUUCAGUCAGAGACCUUUUCUUCGCCCUGUGUAUUUAAAGAUAAAAUUUUUAUCGGCUGCAGGGACAACUAUUUGCAUUGUUUAAAACUUUGAAGGUAAAAAGCGGGUUCAGUAGUUAAUAUAAGUAAAAAUGUAUAAUAAAAUUAAUAAAUAAA